UCAGGCAGGCAUCUACGUGGCGCUUUGUGGUCCCCGUUAUCCGACAGUGUCGAACAUAUGGGACUGCCAGUCGUCCAGGCGGGACCACACACGAUGUUGCAUGGCAAAAGGCGUCUCAGAGACGUGUCUGACGUAUUGUGAUGCCACUUAUGGACUCGGUGUGGAGCCCGCUCAGAUCAACAAUUGCUUAAAUUACUUGAAUCCAAUCCGCGAGUGUUUCUGGGAGUAUUUGGAAGAGAAUCCGAAUAUGUACGGUGAUUUAUGA